AUGGCUCCACGCGGUUUCAUUAAUCCUGCUCCCAAGGUAAGCAGACCCCUCUUCAUAGCUAGAAGUCCGUUAACAAAGUCGCAGACCGAAUCAGCGCGCUCAGCGCUCAGCUCAUUUACCUGUACAUUAUGCAAUAAAUCAUAUUCGCGACAUCCCGAGUAUGAAGCGCAUAUCGGUUCCUAUGAUCACCAGCAUCGAAAACGACUCCAAGACUUGAAACAGCUAUCGCGCGAUCCCAAUGCCGCCGAGAAGGCCCGCCGCGCAGAACGGAAAGCCGAUGCGGAGGCCGGUUUACGAGUGAUCGAUACACCUACAAAUAUCCCGAGUACCAGUGGAAGCACCGGCGGUGGUGGGUUCAAGAAAGGCGGCUUCAAGAGUUCAUUUGCAGCGGUCAAAGGUCCUGCGGCUCCGGUGGUGAAGAAGAAGAAUGUCCUAGGUGAUGAUGACGAUGAAGAGGAGUCCAUAAGCAAGGAUCAACCAGGGUCAAAUUCUAAGUCUAAUCUUGAGAAAAGAAUCGACGACGAUGCGGAGAGUGAUACCGAUGAGGAGUAUACGCGGGAUAAGGCUGGUGGAGGGUACUAUGACCCUCGUCGACCAACUGAUUGCUUUGCUGGAUGUCCGGGUCUUCAAGGUAUCCAGUCUACCUGA